GCCACGGGCGGGAGCAUGCACAGACUCGAAUUACGCAUGUGCAGUGUGUUCAGCACUUACCCCACGCCCGCUGGUCCCCCGCGCUAUGCGGGUGGCGGGUCGGGGUUCAUUGGGACCGCUCUGACCCAGCUGCUGAAAGCCCGGGGCCACGAAGUGACGCUGGUCUCCCGACAGCCUGGGCCCAGUCGAAUCACGUGGAAUGAGCUCUCUAGGUUGGGGCUGCCCGGCUGCGAUGUUGUCAUCAACCUGGCUGGAGAGAACAUCCUCAACCCUCUGCGAAGAUGGAAUGAAACCUUCCAAAAAGAAGUCCUUGCCAGUCGCCUGGACACCACCCACAUGCUGGCAGAAGCCAUCUCCAAAGCUUCACAACCUCCCCGGGCUUGGAUACUAGUCACAGGCGUAGCUUACUACCAGCCCAGCCUGACUGAGGAGUAUGACGAAGACAGCCCGGGAGGGAACUUUGACUUUUUCUCCAACCUGGUAACCAAAUGGGAAGCAGCAGCCAAGCUUCCUGGAGAUUCUACACGCCAGGUGGUGGUGCGUUCAGGGAUUGUGCUGGGCCGUGGGGGUGGUGCCAUUGGCCACAUGCUUCUGCCCUUCCGCAUGGGCCUGGGAGGCCCCAUCGGCUCAGGUCACCAGUUCUUCCCCUGGAUACACAUUGGUGACCUGGCUGGGAUUCUGAAUCAUGCCCUUGAAGCAAACCACGUCCAGGGAGUGCUGAAUGGAGUGGCUCCAGCCUCCACCACCACCAAUGCUGAGUUUGCCCAGGCCCUGGGUGCUGCCCUGGGCCGCCCAGCCUUCAUCCCUGUCCCCAGCACCGUGGUACAAGCUAUCUUUGGGCAAGAGCGGGCCAUCAUGCUGUUGGAGGGCCAGAAGGUUAUCCCACGGCGGACACUGGCCACUGGCUACCAGUAUUCCUUCCCAGAGUUGGGGGCUGCCUUGAAGGAUGUCAUAGCCUAAGGAGGGAGGGAGACCCAGGGCAGGGGCUGAGACCUGUCCCUGUACGGAGGCUUCCUGUUAGAUACUGUGAAUCCAAUCCGCUCGGGUGGUCUUGUACCUGACAUCAGAAGCCAUCGAGGAUGGCAUCUUGGGAUUUCUCCCCUCGCUUUCCUCUCACUGCUCUGUUGUUCCACCCUGAGAAACUCCAGUCUCUAGGAGUUGUAACGUCAUCAACUCCUGGUAACAACAAUUUCCAAGUUUGGUUUCUCUGUGUCACACUGCUGCCCUAGUUCUCCUUUAUGCUGUGUAGAGAAUGGUCUACAGUUAGGACAAUAAAGGUUAAUUACAUCGCUAGCUUCAGCUCAUCUCUUUGGUGUAGGUUCUCCCGGAAUUUAUCUCAAGAACUAACACCCUAGAUGACUCUUCUUCAUUACAGUCUCUCUCCGCCCUUUCCUUUCUUGGUCCCUCUUGCCAAAUGAGCUGGUGAGACACAUGGUCAUGAUAGAGAACAGAAGAUAAAGGAUCACCUGACCACCUGUUCAAAGGAUGUCGGCAGACAAGGCCCCUCAGUAGGUCAGUCUUCAGUGUGUCACCAAAUGGCAGUGGAUUAAUAAACAUGUGAAUCCCAGCUCAUCAAUGCAGUAAGACAAAGCUGAUAUCCCUGUCUAUAAGAAGCCUAGAAUUUGCCUCACAGUUGCUUGGGAGACAUGUCAGCCUUCCAAGGCUCUCAGCAUAAAAGGGGAGAAGGUGCUUCUCACCUACUGUACACCCACCAUCACAGAAAGUGAAAAGAACAGGGAAGCAAUCACAGACUCAAACCCAACCCUAUCGCAAGAAAAGGACUCCCAAGUGUUCCUCUAGGGCCUUUUAUCUACCUAAAGGUAUGGUAUCAGCCACAACUUAACCAGAAGCCGUUCCAGCAGCCCCCACGUGAGACCAUAUGAACCAGUCUCCUUUUCCCCUGGCAGAAGGAGUCACUCAUUUCCCUGACUAACCUGUCUUCACUACAGCUGCCUCCAGCCUGGGUCAGUCUGCCUAGCAUUGUAUAAUUCACCCAGUGAGACAAAGGCAACAACAUUGGGACCUAGGGACCCUCUUCCUGAUCACGGAACUCCACAGGCAGUAUUCAAACCCCUGUGUCACUCAGGGAGUAAGCCAGGUUCUGAAAGGGAUCUUAUUCAGGACUUGCUGCAGGUCCCAAACACAACUGAACCGAGGAUCACCUUUACCCCUGUCUGGUCCUGGACUCCAAGUUGACUAGCUCUGUAUUAUUCCUGGGGAAUGACUGGCCUCAAAUGUAAAAGUAACAGAAAAGCACAUUAGGCUACACUAGAGGAAGUGAUUAAUAUGUCCAGGUAAGGAAUGGGCUACCUUGCAAGUAGUAAAUUCCCUGACACGGGAAGAGUUUAAGCAGGUACAAGACAGUGACCUGUAGCAUUCAAGAUAGGACAGGACAGUGGAGCUAGUCUGUGACCAAUCAGGUAUUUUCCCGCUCCGAUGCUUCGGCUUCCAUCUCCCAGAAAAUUGUUCCUUCUAGAUGGAACCCCUGCCGCCCUCCGUCACUGUACACACAGCAGAGUGUGUCUUGCCUAAUGCAACCCGGGUCUCCUAUAAAGAAAAUUCUAGGUAGAUCCCUUUAACAUUGUCAGUGAAAAACAGCCUUUCUGACCCAUUUGUUAAUCUGUAAACAAGCACUUGAAUGCAACCAGCUGGCUGCCAUUUAUAGGAAUCCUGAGUGUUCAGAUAAUGCAAACAGUCAGCACUAACUUAACUCUUUUGUAAAUUCGGAUGCUGAAGGACGUUGGAAAGGGAUGCAGCCAUUCCAGGGCAUUUUCUACUAAAGGUUCAGUGUUAAAAUCAAGGGUGUAGUAGCCAUAACAGGGCAUGUGGCAGUGAAGAUGCAGUGUUAAAACCCAGGGUGUGGGCUGUGGAUGUGGAGAAUGCACAUCCCUGAAAGAGAUUUCGGUUGGGGACCUGUGUAGCCACAGGCAGACACACCUGAGACCUGAUCCAAGGACAUUUCCUCCCAGGAGCUUACCUCUGUUUUGUCA